AUGGUUCGUGGCUUUGCAAUCUUGUCCUUCUGGUGCCUUCUUUGCGGGCCGACUCUUGGAUGGGGAGAUGUCGGUCAUCGCACUGUUGCAUACCUGGCCGAGCAAUAUCUCACUGAACAGGGCACAGAGUUUCUUAACAAACUCCUGCCUCAGAGCAAGCAGUUCGACAUCUCAGACGCGGCUACAUGGGCCGAUAAAAUCAAACAAAAGCACCCUAAGACUAAACCUUGGCAUUAUGUUGAUGUGAAGGAUGAUCCUCUAGGGAAUGUCUGCAAGAUAUCAUCCCUUCCACAGGAGUGUGAAAGCGGGAAAGGCUGCAUCAUCUCGGCCAUAGGAGAUAUGACCGUUCGAGUGAAUGAUAAUAGCUUUAACCAAACAGAAGCUAUUAUGUUCUUACUCCACUUCUUUGGGGACCUUCAUCAGCCCUUGCAUGUGGAAGACUACGACAGGGGAGGAAACGAGGUUAAGGUCUGUUUUGACGGUCACAAAGACAAUCUACACAGUAUCUGGGACACAGACAUGCCACACAAGAUCAACGGCAUCAAACAUAGACUCAAGCAUAACGAUGAAAAACUGGCAUCCCUAAAGUGGGCCAAGUAUCUCGUUCAAAAGAACAAACACAGACCCACGACCGCUGUGGAAUGUGCGGAUGUUACCGACCCCCAGCAAUGUCUCAAGCAGUGGACGGAGGAGAGCAAUCGUUUGAACUGUGCUGUUGUUUUCAAAAGGGGACUUCCGUAUCUUACGGGCGAAGAUCUUGGAGGCGAAUACUAUGACGAUGCGGCGCCGGUCAUUUCGGAACAAAUCUAUAAAGCAGGUGUUCGUCUGGCGGUCUGGAUCGAUGCCCUUGCGGAGAAGCGUCGCAUCAAAGAGGCGCUUGUUGUCCAGGGGGAUCGGAUGAGAGAUCUAUGA